GAUGUACGUUGGGGGUGGUGUUUUUUAAUAUCUGUUAUCUUGCAGUCGUUACCCAACAAUCAAUGCCAUAUGCAGAGUGACAUUCCUUCUUAUACUUUUGUGGCUAAGAGGAUGACACCUCCGAUUUCUUUCCCACUUGCGUGAACGGCGCGUCCUUUUCGACAUAUGAUGAUGUCUUAGACAUAACUGGUUGGGUCGCUUCCACACGAUGUCACCCCUUGUGUCAGCCGUACUUGGUCGCUGCUGAGCAUUGUAGAAGCGAAAAUCCACUCUCACUCGGACCCUAGGGGUUCGUAUAUCAGGAUGCCUUAUUGGCUGUUCCUUUUCCCUUCUAACUGCGUUAGCGCUUAUCGUCUUAUAUACGCCUAUCGUCUCUUCCCCUGAGGAAGAAAGUGACAGAGAAGUAGACACAUCCUGGCCUAAUUUAUCGAAGGCCUCUCUUUCAUCCUGUCCAACUUGGUUAAUAUUUCUCUUAUUUCACCUGUUCCAACAAUGUCUCUUUCAAUUGAGCAGCAGCUGCAGUAUGCAAUUGAUGAAGGAUACCCGCUCCAGGAGCCGCCGCACGGGGUGAUCCCUAACUUUGCCAACGGCGAUUCAGUCGCCUUCCAAAUUUCUAUCACGGCUGGAGUGUGCAUCCCGCUCAUGAUAGUCUUUUCGGUCUUUCGACUGCUUGACAGGACAGUCUUUGGCCGGAGGAGUUUUGUUGUUGACGAGAUCGUAUUUGCUACAGGACUUGUGUUCUGUCUCUCCUUCAUCGGCGUUGCGGUGGCUACUGUCUUCCAAGGUGUUUUCGGGCAUCAUGCCUGGGAUGUCAAGCUUGCCGACGUCACGCCAGGGGUGAUCGCUUUGUCCAUUGUGCUUGAACUGAUCGCCCCCCUAGCUGUCUGCAUCGUCAAGAUCACAGUGAUGAUUCUAUACCUCCGCACCUUUGGCAGCCUUAGGUGGAUGCGUAUCACGUCCAUCGUCAUCAUUUGCCUAUUAAUUGCUUACCAUGUGUCCUUUGCGACUGCUUUUGUUGCUUUGUGCGCGCCGCCCCCCUCAGGUGGCUAUUCACAAGUUGCGCUUCUGAAAGCCUUUGUGUCAGACAAGUGCGUGAGCACGGACGUGCUGGUCCUUCUUAUGGGAGUUGGCAACUUCUUCACAGACGUAGUGAUACUACUGCUUCCGCUUCCCGUUAUCUGGCGCCUGCAGAUGCCGAUGCGACGGAAGAUUAAGACUUUAGCCAUGUUUCUUACUGGUAUUUCAGCAUGCAUAUCGAGUCUUAUUGGUCUCGUGACCAGGGUGAGAUAUUAUAGCAUCUAUUCGGACCAGGUCCGCAUCAUGGUACCCAUACAAACGACUGCCAUGGCCGAAAUGGCCGCCGGCGUCAUAAUCUGCUGCGGACCCUCGGCGGCUGUUGUCUGCCGCUCGAUCAAGGACCUGCCCGUGCGGUCCUGGUUGUCACCACCGAGGAUCAUCGGUGGCUCGUCACACUCCAAAAUACUGCUCUCUGAUCAGGCUGUGCCGUGUUACCAAGCCAACAAGGAUUCAUCGUUGUUGCAAAGUAUAGUUGACCCCCGGGGCGCGUCAAACGAUGUCGAGGUUGACUCUUACCGUUUGGGGCGGUUGGAACCGGUCCACAUAGCGGGCAUCGGGAAGAUGACCGAGUUCAGUGUCUCGCAUACCACAAACUAGUGCGUGAGAGAGACAGUGUGCUCCAUUUUCAUAUGAUGAAGAUAGGUUAACUCCAAAUUGGCCUCUCGAAUUGCGUUGGACAUGUAAGACAAGUUGCUAAGUUGCGUUAACUUAAGGCCUUUAACUUAAGGCCUGGAGAGAAAAUGGAGAAAAUCAAUAUUGUGGAAAUUCUUCGGCAGUUCAGCAGUUCAGCCUCAGCUACCCAUAAUAUCUAAGGGUUUCAUUGGCUUUACACAGUAGUUAUCGCCAAUUAGUUACAUCGUAUGUAUUG